AUGUCCCCCUCCGGAACAACAGGAGCUGCCCCUCCAUCCACGGCAGCUUCAACAUCCUUCAGCAGCCCCGGGUCGACAAAGAACGGGAACGGAAACGGCGUCUACGAGGGCCACAACGUCCAGGGCCAGGCCUACGGACACUACUCCAACAACCUCAACACCUCAAUGGUCAAGUCAAACUUCCUCUCCAACCCCGAGGACCUCGGCGUCGUCGCCGUCGGCUUCUCAGGAGGCCAGUGCAAGCCCGGCGUUGAUGCUGCCCCCUCUGCCCUCAUCGAGUCCGGCCUGCUCGACCAGCUGCGCGACCUCCUGGGCUACAAGCUGCACGGCGACGACACCGUCCACCUGUACACCGACCUCGUGCCCAAGGAGGACCACCCGUACCGCGGCAUGAAGAACCCCAAGGCCGUCUCCUCCGUCACCCGCCGCAUCGCCGACCAGGUCUACACGCACGCCGCCGCCGGCCGCCUCGUCCUGACCCUCGGCGGCGACCACAGCAUCGCCAUCGGCACCAUCGGCGGCUCCGCCCGGGCGGUGCGCGAGAGGCUGGGCCGCGAGCUGGCCGUCAUCUGGGUCGACGCCCACGCCGACAUCAACACCCCCGAGACCAGCGGCAGCGGCAACAUCCACGGCAUGCCCGUCAGCUUCCUCACCGGCCUGGCCAAGGAGGACAAGGAGGAGUAUUUCGGCUGGAUGCAGGAUGAGAACCGCAUCUCGGUGCGCAAGCUCGUGUACAUUGGUCUGCGGGACGUCGACCCGGGCGAGAAGAGGAUCCUGAGGGAGAAUGGCAUUCGUGCGUUCAGCAUGUUCGACAUUGAUCGGUAUGGCAUCGGACGCGUUAUGGAGAUGGCCCUGGCCCACAUCGGCACCGACACGCCCAUCCACUUAUCGUUCGACGUCGACGCGCUGGACCCGAUGUGGGCGCCGUCGACGGGCACACCGGUUCGCGGGGGGCUGACGCUGCGCGAGGGCGACUACAUCUGCGAGUGCGUGCACGAGACGGGCAACCUGGUGGCGGUGGACCUGGUCGAGGUCAACCCGAGCCUUGCCCCCGAGAACGACCACGGCGCCCACGAGACGGUCCGGGCGGGCUGUUCACUGGUGCGGUGCGCUCUGGGAGAGAGUCUGUUAUAA